AUUAUUAAGUGCCAACAAGAAAAGGCAGCCUUGCUUCCUCUCCCUCACUGAACACUAAGAACCCUAGCUCCAUAGCGAUUCAAGCCCGUUCCAAACCCAAGGUGCCGAAAUUAACCGAGGCCAUGUCGCUGUACGACGGCGGGCUCGCCGGAGUGUACCCCGAGGGCGAGGAGGAGGAUGACCGUUUCGCCGACCUGCUGGGGGACUCCGACUACGAGGACGACGAGUACGUCCAAUCUAUUGGUAAAGCCUCAGAAGAUACAUCGGCGAUGGAAGUCCUGAAAGGGAAGGACAUUCAGGGAAUUCCCUGGGAAAGGUUGACCAUUACAAGGGACGGAUAUAGGAAGUCAAGACUGGAAGGGUAUACAAACUUUGAGAACAUACCUAAUUCUGGACGAUUAUCGGAGAAGGUAUGUACACCUGUGGAGAAAGGACAACUCUACUACGAGUUUGCGUAUAACACAAGAUCGGUGAGACCGACCAUUUUUCAUUUUCAGUUGAGAAAUUUAGUAUGGGCAACGACAAGGCAUGAUGUUUAUCUUACAUCAUACAUGUCUGUGCUUCAUUGGUCACCACUGACCUCUGAGAAGCACGAAGUCAUUGAUCUUCAAGGACAUGUUGCUCCAUGCGAGAAGCACGAGGGGAAUUUCUAUGAGGGCUUUUGUCGGACUCAAGUUAGCACAUUGGCAGUGAAGAAUAACCUGCUGGUUGCUGGUGGGUUUCAUGGAGAACUAAUUUGCAAGUUUUUGGACCGUCAAGGAAUAAGCUAUUGUUCCAAGUCAACUCAUGAUGACAAUGGCAUUACGAAUUGUCUGGAGAUAUUUGAGAAACCUAGUGGUUCCGUGCAUUUCCUAGCAUCAAACAAUGAUUGUGGACUAAGAGACUUUGACAUGGAGAAGUUUCAAAUGUGCAAUCAUUUUCAUUUCGAUUGGGCUGUGAAUCACACAUCCUUGAGCCCUGAUGGUAAAAUCAUUGCUGUUGUGGGGGACAAUCCUGACGGUGUUCUGGUUGAUGCUAAUUCGGGGAAAAUGAUUCACGAGCUCAGUGGUCAUUUGGACUAUUCGUUUGCAUCGGCAUGGAACCCAGACGGACGAACAUUCGCAACUGGUAACCAAGACAGGACAUGCAGGAUCUGGGACGCCCGUAACCUCUCCAAGUCUGUUGCUGUCCUGGGAGGCAACAUGGGAGCCAUAAGGUCGAUCCACUAUACAUCUGACGGCAAGUUCCUCGCAAUGGCCGAAGCUGCAGACUUCAUCCACAUCUUCGACGUCGGGAGCGGGUACGACAGGAAGCAGGAGCUGGACUUCUUUGGUGAGAUUGCCGGCAUAUCGUUCAGUCCUGACACCGAGGCUCUCUUUGUCAGCGUGCAUGAUCGCAACUAUAGCAGCCUCCUCCAGUACAGUCGUCGACGGUUCUACGGGUACCUUGAUUCAGCUCUGUGAAUAGCUAGUGGUUGAGGUCUAUAAUAACAAGAUCGCAUGUUGUAGAAAGGAUGUACAUAUCUCUUGGUGUGGUUGCGCUCUGACUAAACCAAAGCAAAGCUACAAAGGUGUGGUUGCGCUGAACAAACUGACAGCCUGUUGUUAUAAGUGAUGUCAUCACCCAUA